UUCCAGCCAUGAAGACUCUUGUCCUCCUCUCUGCCCUUGUCCUGCUGGCAUUCCAGAUCCAGGCUGAUCCCAUUCAAGAGGCAGAAGAAGAGACUAAAACUGAGGAGCAGCCAGCAGAUGAGGACCAGGAUGUGUCUGUCUCCUUUGAAGGCCCAGAACCCUCUGCUCUUCAAAAUUUAGAGAUCAGAUGGCCAUGGAAGAGGUGCCAUUGCAGAAGUUUCUGCAGACCUUAUGAAAAUGCCACUUCGUUCUGUGCUCAAGGUCUAUUUAAACAACACAAAUUCUGCUGCCUAGAAACAUGGCCCCCAAGGAUGAAAUAACCACGUGCUCUGGGACCUCACAAUCUGUCAUCAUUGUGCUUGGCCUCAACUUCUUUUCCUUCUCCAAUAAACUCCUUGCAGACAAA